CACUGCCCGCCUGUCGAACCAAAAAAUAUUUACACCAUUGUCUCUUCUACAUAAUCGCACUCAAAUUUGCACUCGCAUUUGCAUACAUAUUCAUACCUAUAAUUGUUUUCAAAACAAACAAUUCCAUACUUCAUUAAUUUUUCACAAAAAAUAAAGAUGACCUCACGACACCCGGCUAAUCACACAGAUGUCAGUCUAGACUUUGACAACAGAUCUCCGCCAAUCAAAUCAGUAUCCAGCGCCGCCCUCAUCAAACAUUAUAUCAGGCAUCCGAUGCACAAGCUCGAAUCCAAGAGUGACAUCGUGCGCGGAUUCAAUCCUGCCUGGUAUACCGUCACCAUGGGCACUGGAAGCGUUGGAAUUUUAAUCCAUAACUUUCCUUACCAGUGGUCUCCUCUGCGGUACAUUGGCAUGGCCAUUGCUCUAUUCAACCUCCUUUUAUUCUUAGUUAUCUCGGUCCUUUUCGUCAUCAGAUUGGUCAAAUACCGCGACCUUUACGAUAUACUGAUGAGCCCGCACACACUCAUCAGUUCCUUGGUUAUUAUGCUCGCACGAUACGAUCUCCACUGGGUUCCAACGCUUGCAUUGGUUUUGUGGUGCAUUGAUGUGGCUCUCUCUGUAUUGUCUUCAAUGAUAAUCCCCUUCACAGUAUUUUCGCACCAGAAGCACACAUUGGAAACCAUGAGCGCAACCUUGCUUUUGCCCGUUGUACCCAAUGUUGUAGCAGCAACCGCUGGGGCUAUCGUCGCAUCCGCGUAUACAGGAAAUACAGCCACAGUCAUAAUCUUGACUUCGUAUGUCCUCUGGGGAAUGGGAAUGGGCAUUGCCAUGAUGUUAGUGACCGCCUAUCUCAUUCGUCUAACAAUGUUUAAAUUGCCGCCCAAAGAGUCCAUGGCCAGUAUGCUGAUUCCACUGGGCCCACUUGGCCAGUCUUCAUAUGGCAUCCAGCAGCUAGGAGUCCAAGCGCUGCGCGUAUUUCCUUCUGAGUUUCCACAGAUUGAAUAUCUAGGAAAUAUGCUCUACGGUAUUGGCUUUUUUUUUGGAUUGCUUCUUUGGGCCUUAGCGUCUUGGUGGCUUACACUGGGAAUCUACUCGGCUAUAUACACUCGCGUCCGUGGACCAGUACCGUUCAACUUGGGCUGGUGGGCACUCAUCUUUCCUGUUAGCACGUUCGUCUCAAGUAGCAACUCACUGUGGGGAAUCACAAAGUUCACGUUUUUCCGCGUUCUGGCGGCAGCUCUCAUAGUCAGUCUGUUUCUAUUGUGGCUCUUUGUAUUGCUCCGCACCAUCUGGUACGCUUGGAGCGGGGAGCUGUUUAAGCCCGAUAACAUUGAUCGCCUGGUGACACUGGAAAAUAAAAGCAGCAGCCCGUCAACCGGUGCUUGUACUCCUGUUAACUCGAGGGACGCGUCUGUCAUAGUUUAAAAAUCCGCGAUACUUGUACUUGAACGAGCAUGUCGUACAUCGUCACACCAACAUUUAGACCAUUUAAUAAUUGUAAUACGCAAAACUGUAAUUUGACAUUUA